CGUACACCGUUUUUUUUAGUGGUAGCACCGCAUACCACGUCACGCAGUUGUCACAUCAUAUCGCGAUAUUUUUGUGACUCUUUUGGGUGUGUGCUUUCUUCAUGUGUGUUGUGCUACUUAUGUGGAUUAUUAGGUGAUAUUUUUCCUUUUUAACGGAUAACAAUCCUAAAACGUCAAGAUGCCGAAAUCGAUGAAUGUCCGGGUGACGACGAUGGACGCGGAACUGGAGUUCGCGAUCCAGCAGACGACCACAGGCAAGCAGCUCUUCGAUCAGGUGGUCAAGACCAUCGGUCUGCGAGAGGUGUGGUUCUUUGGACUCCAGUACACCGACUCCAAGGGUGACCUUACGUGGAUCAAGCUAUACAAGAAGUCAGGGUCACUCCCGUUCUCCAGAUGGGUGAUGCAACAGGAUGUGAAGAAGGAGAAUCCGCUGCAGUUCAAAUUUCGUGCUAAAUUCUACCCUGAAGAUGUCGCCGAUGAGCUCAUACAGGAGAUCACAUUGAAGCUCUUCUAUCUACAGGUUAAAAACGCGAUCCUUUCCGACGAAAUAUACUGUCCGCCUGAAACGUCCGUGUUAUUAGCUUCAUACGCAGUUCAAGCGAGACAUGGAGACCACAACCCUUCCAUGCAUGGACCUGGUUUCCUUGCCAAUGACCGCCUUCUGCCCCAGAGAGUCACCGACCAGCACAAGAUGUCCCGGGAAGAAUGGGAGCAAAGCAUCACCAACUGGUGGCAAGAGCACCGCGGCAUGCUUCGAGAGGACGCCAUGAUGGAGUAUCUCAAGAUCGCCCAAGACCUCGAGAUGUACGGAGUCAACUACUUUGAGAUCAGAAACAAGAAGAACACUGAGCUCUGGUUGGGAGUCGACGCUUUAGGGCUGAACAUCUACGAGAAAGAUGAUAAACUGACGCCGAAAAUCGGUUUCCCCUGGUCUGAGAUCCGCAACAUCUCGUUCAACGACCGCAAAUUCAUAAUUAAGCCGAUCGACAAGAAGGCGCCCGACUUUGUCUUCUUCGCGCCUCGCGUUCGGGUCAACAAGCGUAUUCUGGCGCUCUGUAUGGGAAACCACGAGUUGUACAUGCGCAGGCGCAAGCCCGACACCAUCGACGUUCAGCAGAUGAAGGCCCAAGCCAGGGAAGAGAAGCUGGCCAAGCAGGCUCAGAGAGAGAAGUUGCAAUUAGAAAUAGCGGCCCGCGAAAGAGCAGAGAAGAAGCAACAAGAGUACGAAGACCGACUCCGACAGAUGCAGGAAGAGAUGGAAAGAUCACAGGCGAACCUGGUCGAGGCGCAGGAGAUGAUCCGGCGCCUGGAGGAGCAGCUGAAGCAGCUGCAGGCCGCGAAGGACGAACUGGAGCAGCGGCAGAACGAGCUGCACGCUAUGAUGCAGCGCCUCGAGGAGACCAAGAACAUGGAGGCGGCCGAGCGCCAGAAGCUGGAGGACGAGAUCCUCGCCAAGCAGAUGGAGGUGUCGCGCAUCCAGCAGGAGGUGGAGAUCAAGGACACCGAGACGCGCAGGCUGCAGGAGGAGGUGGAGGAGGCUCGUCGCAAGCAGGACGAAGCCGCGGCUAUGCUGGCGGCGGCCAUCACUCCCCAGCACCACCACGUGAACGAGGGCCGACGGGGAGGCUCCGAGGGUGAAGCGGAAGGAGAGGGCGGCUCCGGAGACGGCUCCGACGGAGGCUCGGAGUCGGGAGUGGGAGAGCUCACCGGGGCGCCCGACGACCUGGUGGACCCCUUGGCCGAGAGACGCACCCUGGCCGAGAAGAACGAGCGGCUUCACAGUCAGCUCAAGGCCUUGAAGCAAGACCUGGCCCAAUCCCGAGACGAGACGAAAGAGACGGCGAUGGACAAGAUCCACCGCGAGAACGUGCGCCAGGGGAGGGACAAGUACAAGACGCUGCGAGAGAUCCGGAAGGGCAACACCAAGCGUCGCGUCGACCAGUUCGAGAACAUGUAGGCCGGCCGCGCCGCCGCAGGUGACCAUUUCCGCCCUCGCCGUUCUCUCCUUCUCAUCUCUCCCCGUCAUCUUCGCUAUUUAACCUUCCGGUUCCAUCCCUCGUCAUCCGUCGUCCGGUCACCUGCGGCUCGAGCCGAGCUCCGGGCGACGCGAACGUUUCUCUUCUCCGAGAUCGUCGAACGCCGGCGGCCGCCUCGCGUACUUAAAACGCACAGCUGCCGCGUCCCGAUCUAUCCAUCUCUAUCUCUAUUCCUAUCGCGAGAGGGAGAGCGGCCGGGCGGUGUCCGUCCAGUCCGCGGGUGCUCGGAGGCGUCGCCCUCGGGGCGUGUAAAUAUUGCUAAUUACUUAACGUACGAUUAAGUAUACGUCACUUAGACUCGACGUGCUAUAACCGAACGCCGACGUCCGCGUCGAGGUCGAGGCACACUUUUGUUUUUAUUAAUUAAUGUUUAAGCGAUGUGGAUUUGAUCUAGACGAGAUCGACGGGACCCGAACGCACGUUCAUAUGAAUAGUGACGCGAUAUAUAACAUUUGUACUCUGAGCGGUCUCGGGCAGCGGAGAGAGCGAGAAGAAGAAGCGACGUCUCUUAUUUAUUUUUAUAAUCGUUUAUAUUUUAGAUGUAGGAGUCGAUCGGCUUCGAGCGCGACGCUCCCGAGUCUCUGAUAUUAUAAUAUACAGUAGUGGUGUAAUUUGUAUAUUCGUUCGGUGCGAGAUCGGCCCGUUCCUCGACUCUUGAACAAAAUUCGUGAAGAUAUAUUUAAUUGUAUGCUUAUAUGUAUAAUGUUAAUUUAAGUGAGUAAAAGGCAUUCCAAUGUAAAAUGCGGUGGCGUUUCGUAAUAAUUUUGUUGAAUCGUGUAGCCCUUGCAGUAUGUUUUUAUUAUUAAGUGCCAUCCGAUUUGUCAGUUCUCCAGAGGCGAAGUACGAAGUCUCACGUCGACUCUUUCUCACACGAAAGCCCUCGCCGUCUUUUCGACCCUUCACUGUAGCAAAAGAUUUCCUACUUUGUCUUCGCCGAAUCACAACUAUCGAACUCUUGAUACUGAAUUAUACAGAACCACGUCGGUGCCUUUCAGUCUAGGACGAAAUUUUUUUCCAAUAAAAUGUUUAAGUAAUAAA